CGGAAAUUCUUUCAACCGCCCACCGCCAAUCUCUAGCCUCUCAUUUCCCGUACGGGCAAAUUGUUCUUCUUGUUUCCCUAUAGAUAGAUAGAUAGAUAGACGUAGAGAACAAAUUCUGAUCGAUCAGCAUACAAUUCACAAGGCAAAGAAAAUAUGGAGAAAAGAAUCUCACUCAAGCUUGCUUUCCUCUUCUGCAUUCUUCUGCUGGCCACCACUUCCACAGCAGGUGGUGCGGCGGCACAGACCAGCAGGGUUAAGGAGGAGAUGAUGAAGAACAACGAUAGUAGUGCUACUGAGAGUGUGGUGCCAGAUUCUGACGACGACUAUUGCCUACGCGUUGUAUGCAAAGGGCUGAAUUGCGGCAAGGUUUACAGCGCCGACGGAAGGUGUUGGUGUGUUCUCAAGCAAGGCCCACUCGUCACAUUGCCUUGCACCAAUUAGCUAGCCUGGCUACCUACUUGAUAAUGGCUGCAGCUUUUUUGAAUGAAUAACCAGCACAGCACUUGUGUUGUGCUCUCGUGCCAUGACAUCUAUGGAAAAGGACCGAAUAGGUCCGUAUAGGUCAGAUUAAGUUACAUGACUCAUGGAAAGGAGCGUCUUUCGUUAGGAAGGAAUAAACGGGGUUCCGAAAAAAGAUGUGAUAUUUUAUGCUGAAAGUAGUGUUAUUGUUCAAUUGCUUCAUGUCGCUCAAAAUCGUUUAUCGAUUUAUACUCUGGUAAGAGGUUCUCUCGAUCGAAUAGCCGGUGCAAUACGAUUUUACAAACGGUGCUUUUUUUCAGCAUAUGAUUAUGUUCAGAUGAUUUAACAGUAGGGAGA